AUGGCUGAGAAAGUCGCUCUUGUUGAAAGUUACCUGAGCUGCCAUGUGUGUUCAGAGACUUUCAGAGAUCCUGUGUCUCUGAGCUGCAACCACAGCUUCUGUUCAAGCUGCCUGCAGAAAUUCUGGGAACAAGCUGGAAACAAGAACUGUCCCAUCUGUAAAAGGAGAUCUUCCAAGGAUAAUCUAGCAAUAAACUUCACUCUGAAGGAACUGGCUGACUCUUUUACUGGAAGAAAGAAAUCUGGAUCAUCUGAGACAGAAAAAGGAGCAAAGCAGCUGAUGGUGGUCUGCAGCAAACACCAAGAAGACCCUAAACUGUUCUGUGAAGACGAGCAGAGAGCUGUGUGUCCUGUCUGUGAGUUUUCUCUCCACCAGAGUCACAAAGUGGUUCCUGUAGAACAAGCAGUCAGUGAGCUGAAGGAGCAGCUGAGAUCUGACUUAAAGUCUCUGCAGGACAAGAGGAACAAACACAAACAGGUGGAGAAAACAUACGAGGAUGUGAUUCAACACUCCAAGAAGCAGCUGUUGUCCACAGAGAGACAGAUCAGAGCAGAGUUAAACAAGCUCCACCAGUUCCUGAGAGAGGAAGAGGAGUCCAGACUGGCAGCUCUGAGGGAGGAAGAGGAGCAGAAGGGGAAGACUAUCAGCAGAGAGAUGAAGAGGAUCCAGGAGCAGAUCUCCUCUCUGUCAGACAGCAUCUCUGCUGUUGAAGAAGACCUGCAGAAAGACAACGUGUCGUUCCUCAGCAGUUAUAAAGCCACUCAGAGCAGAGCCAGAGGUCAGAGGUCACUGUCAGAUCCACAGCUGGUCUCAGGAGCUCUGAUAGAUGUGGCCAAACACCUGGGCAACCUGUCCUUCAGAGUCUGGGAGAAGAUGAAGGAGAAGGUCCACUUCAGUCCUGUCAUUCUGGACCCAAACACAGCGAGUAGAUUUCUCUACCUGUCUGAUGAUCUGACCAGUGUGAGACGUGGAGACACAAAGCAGCAGCUUCCUGAUAAUCCAGAGAGAAACACUAAUUACACCUUUGUUUUUGGUUCUGAGGGUUUCAACUCAGGGAAACACAGCUGGGAGGUGGAGGUGGGAGACCAUCCUGACUGGAAUAUCGGUUAUGUUAAAGAGUCAGUUGACAGGAAGGGGGAAUUAUUUACUUCACCAAAAUAUGGAAUCUGGUGUUUAUGGCAUCGUGAUGGAAAAUACACUAAUGGUGUUGGUAAGACUCUCAAAGUGAAGAAGAAUCUCCAGAAGAUCAGAUUCCAGCUGGACUAUGAUAGGGGGGAGGUGUCCUUCUACGACCCUGAAGACAUGUCUCACAUCUGCACUCACAGAGACACUUUCACUGAGAAACUCUUCCCUUAUUUAGUUGUUGAAAAAGCUGCUGAUGCCAAAACUUCUGAUCUCAAAAUCUGUCAAACUGAGAUUUCUGUUAAAACAUCAAAGUUGUGUUUUUAAAAUAUAUAUUUUUAGAUCUUUCUAUUUGCAGUCAGACCAACCUUUGUUUUAAAUAGCAAAUGAACACAUUAUUGUUUUCAAGGUUUUUUAAACUUUAAUUUGAAAUUAAAAAUAGGAAAAGAUGACUACAUUUUUUUGAAAAUCACAACAUCUUUAUCAUUUAAUGAGUGUUUUUAUUUUUGUGAAACAAGUAUAAAAUAAUAAUUUAAUAAUGUUUUUACUUCAGUAUUUAGUUGUAAUCUUUCUCACCAGCAUUGGACAUUUUUUCCUUUUCCAAUUUGACUGUUGAGGAAAAACUGUGUAGUUCACUGGACUUCA